AUGAUAAAUAGCACAACUUCUAGCAUGGCGGAGAAAUUCGAUAGACAAAUUCGGUUGUGGGGGCUCGAGGGGCAAGCUAUAUUAUCUAGUAGCCGUGUUUGCAUUGUGGGUCGAUGCUUAUUAAGUCAGGAGAUUUUAAAGGAUCUUAAACUUCUAGGUUUAGAUCGAAUAACACUGGUAUGUGAAGAUAAAUCUGCUGAUGAAAGCAUCGAGGAACUGGAAAAACAAGAGAAUUUCUUGAAUGCUGACGGAAAGGACAUCAAUUACGUGUUGUGGGACAAGAAAAUGAUGGAGGAGCCGUCUUUUUGGUGGAAUUUCGAUAUUAUUGUGGUGACAGCAUUGAGCUUUGCUCGUCUAGAGCUUUUGGAUAAAAUGUCACUUCCACCUAUGCUGGUCGCCUUCUGUGACGAAUUUGACGGGUAUCUCCGAUUUGUUUCGCAAGAACCCCACUUUGUUCUACAUUCUCAUCGACAAUACGCGAUCCCUGAUUUGAGACUUGAUCGGCCGUGGAAUGACCUCGAAAACGCUUUAAAAUCUCUGGCGCCCAAUGCGAGCAGCCUAGACACUGUGCACACUGUGCCAUACGCCGCCAUCAUAUAUUCUGCCGUUCAAGAUCUUAGAGAAGCGGGAACUCGGGUUACUCGCGACAAUAUUCGAGAAUGCAUAUCGACUGUGCAAGUUUCUUUCGGUCCUUCAGCAGCAGCUGUCAAUUUCGCACAAGCCAAAAAAUUCGCGUAUUUAGGAGCACUCAAUUCGUUAAGCAUUCCAGAAAAUAUAGAGAAGUGUCUCAGUUUUGCGAAUGUGCCAAUAAAACUGCCUGUCAAUCGCGAAAUUCAGGCUCUUGUCAGAAUCCUACACAAGUAUCUGAAAUCCGAACACGCAUUAAAUCAACUGCCCGUGGAGGGAAGCAUUCCAGAUAUGGACUCCAGUACAGAGAAUUAUAAUCGCUUGAAAAGUGUUUAUCAAAGGAAAGCUGCAGAAGACAUACAUUGGUUGGAGAAAAUCGCUUCGCAAGAGAAAUUGGACUUCGAAUUAACAUAUGAUGUGCUGACGACAUUUUGCCGCAACAUUCAUAGUCUUCGGGUAAUGGAGCCUUCGCGUAGCGCCUUAACUGCUACUUAUAGUCCACAUGCCGCUCCAAUUGAAGCGUCAUAUUAUGAGAUCCUCCAGAAACUUCAGAAAAAGCAGAUAGGGGCUUAUAUACCACCGACCAUUGGCCUACCUGCGCCUGCGUUUUAUUCUAUGAUGAGCAUCACGGCUGGUCUAACCGUGCAGGAACUAGCCAAAAUUCUAACACACCAAUUUGUUCCUGUUGAGAAUACAUUUUUAUUCAAUGGCUUAACUAAUGACAUACAUGCAUUCAAAACUUGA